GCACUACCAACCAACCUGAGCACUAUCCCUGCUUCAGUCCCUCCUGUGCAAGGUGCCCCAGCAGCCUCCGAUCAGCCCAUCAUGUCUGGUCUCUCUUCUCUCUUCUUUCUGGGCGCCUACGCCUUCCAGUCGGUCCUCGGCCGUCCAGAUGCCAGCCGGGUCCAUGGUGACAUCGCCAAGCGCUCGGUUGACACCUUCAUCGCCACCGAGAGCCCGAUCGCUGUGAGCCGUAUACUCUGCAACAUCGGCUCCACGGGAUGCUACGCGGCGGGCGUGGACUCGGGUGUCGUCAUUGCCAGCCCUGACAAGACCAACCCGGACUAUUUUUACACGUGGACCAGAGAUUCGGCACUGACCUUCAAGGAGAUCAUCGACCUCUUCUCGGAUGACUACAACACCACCCUGCAGACCGAGAUCGAGAACUACACUGGUGCGCAGGCCCAGCUUCAGGGCGUGUCGAACCCCUCGGGUGACCUCACGGAUGGUGGUCUUGGCCUGGGCGAGCCCAAGUUCAAUGUUGAUCUUACUGCCUUUACAGGCUCUUGGGGGAGACCCCAGAGAGACGGUCCUGCUCUUCGGUCCAUCGCUCUGAUCAGCUACUCCAACUGGCUGAUCGACAAUGGUUACGAGUCCACAGUGACCAGCAUCCUGUGGCCUAUUAUUGAGAAUGACCUGAACUAUGUCUCUGAGUACUGGAACCAAACUGGAUACGACCUCUGGGAGGAAAUCGACGGCAGCUCCUUUUUCACCCUUGCGAACCAACAUCGUUCGCUCGUCGAGGGUGCCACGCUUGCCUCGUACCUGGGCAAGUCGUCCACUGCCUACACCAACGUUGCCCCUCAGGUCCUCUGCUUCCUCCAGAGCUUCUGGUCGUCGUCGAGCGGCUACAUCCUCGCCAACAUCAACGUCAACGAUGGACGCACCGGCAAGGACGCCAACACCCUGCUCGCGUCCAUCUCCACGUUUGACCCGGCCGCGGGCUGUGACGAGGCCACCUUCCAGCCCUGCAGCGACAAGGCCCUGGCCAACCACAAGGUCGUCACAGACUCGUUCCGCACCGUGUACAGCAUCAACUCGGGCAUCGCAGAGGGCACUGCCGUUUCUGUAGGCCGGUACCCCGAGGACGUCUACCAGAACGGAAACCCGUGGUACCUGUGCACUCUCGCCGCGGCGGAGCUGCUGUACGACUCGUUGAUCGUGUGGAAGAACCAGGGCUACAUCCAGGUCACGUCGACCUCGCUGGCCUUCUUCAAGGACCUGGACUCCUCCAUCACCGCCGGCACCUACGAGGACAGCUCGAGCACCUACACCACCCUGUACGACGCCGUCCAGGCCUACGCCGACGGCUACUUCAACAUCGUCGCCACCUACGCCGCCCCCAACGGCUCCCUCUCGGAACAGUUCGACAAGGCCACCGGCGAGCCGCUGUCCGCCUACGACCUGACCUGGUCCUACGCCGCCUUCCUCUCGGCCGCCAGCCGCCGCGCCGGCAUCAGCCCUCCCUCCUGGGUCGGCAACGGCAACGCCGUCCCGGGCACCUGCGCCGCCACCUCCGUGGUCGGGUCCUACUCGUCCGCCACCGCCACCUCCUUCCCGGCCUCCCAGACACCCCAGUCGGGCUACACCACCACCGCCACCGCCGUGCCCGUGACCUCGUCCUCGACCACCGCCGCCACGGGGACCGCAACGACAACAGGAACGUCCUGCCCCUCCACCAUCGCCGUGACCUUCAACGAGGUGGUCACCACCACCUACGGCGAGACCAUCAAGAUCUCGGGCGACAUCGCCGCCCUCGGCACCUGGGACACGAGCGACGCCGUCGCCCUCAACGCCGACGCGUACACCUCGAGCGACCCGCUGUGGUCCGUCACCAUCGACCUCGCCUCCGACCAGGUCAUCGAGUACAAGUUCAUCAACGUGGGCACCGACGGGUCCGUGACAUGGGAGGCCGACCCUAACCACACCGUCACCCUUGCGUGCACCGCAACGACCAUCUCCAACACGUGGCAGUGAAAAUCUUGGAAAUGUUUGUUUGAACGGGUCGGAGGAUAAAGGAGAGAGACGGGCCAUGGAUGGUGUCUUGUAUGUAUAAGCUAGGGUUGGUGAGACACCAUAAGCAUACUUUGCAUAUAUAUAAUUAUACAUAUACACAGUCACACAC